CAGGUCAAAUACCCCAUGAAGCCUCUUGCUCUGUAUGUUGCAGCGUUAGGGAUAGUGGCCACGUUGUUUGUAAUGUCUGCCAUGCUAUCCCCAAUGGUAUCCAACCCUCUCCACUACGGCAUCAUUUCAAAAAAGACCCAUUUGCUAAAUUCUAACGCCAUCUUCAGGGGCCUCAUCCAACGGUGGAGGGCGCUGCCCUCCUCGGCGGGACCUCCAUCAGUGCACGGUACUCUUCGUUUCUAUAGGUCCAUGCUGAAUGACCAGGCGAUCACUCUGAAAUAUUCAUCGUGUGCUCUGGUGUCAAGUUCAGGAAUUCUACAAGACAAAGGUGCUGGCCAAGAGAUAGACCGCCACGCCUGCGUCAUAAGGAUGAAUCUUGCCCCGGUGAAAGGUCACCGGAGAGAUGUGGGAACUCGGACUACUGUGCGGGUCAUGAACUUCCUUUCUGCCCCAGUCGCUGUCCGGGUCCCGAUGCCAGACGGCGCCAUCUUUGUGUGGGGUCUGUAUCUAGACAACAGGACAGAUUAUUACAGGAGGAAGGUCUUAGAGGUAUCCAAAAAAUACGGACACCGAACGCAGAUCGUCUCUUUGACGCCAGACGGUGAAAAACAUGCUGAAUCACUGUUCUACUUUGAAACUGGACGCUCUUUCGAUAUAACAAAGUCUCGGCCGUCAACUGGAUGGUAUACAAUGCUGGUUGCUUUAGACAUAUGUGAGAAGAUCCAUGUCUACGGAAUGGUACCCGCGGAUUAUUGUUCACUUCCUGUCCAAGCCGUCAAUUCCAGACAUCUCUGGCUUUAUAGUACUCCAACUGUCUACUAGAAAUCCAUGCCUCUCGAACUUUGGACGCUGGUUUCUUACUGUCUUUCUCCCCCCUCUUCGUGCCUGAUCCGUCUUGCGGAGAAAAUGGACUCUAUGUCAACUCUUCAUUGCUCAACUAUGAAUGUUUAUCCAAUGGAAUCGGUCGAUACAUUCAUGCAGGGACUCUUCUCAGGCAGCAGUACGGAGUCUAGAGUGUAAAAUGAUAUCUGAUUAUGAAUCCGGCUUCGGAGAGUCGAAAUUUCCCCCCGUCGGUAAAAUGCAAGAGGUGCUUUUGCCACUGGACAUGCUGAUGGUGUCAUUUUUCUGCCGACAUGGUAGCAGCUAUCGCCCUGGCAUUUUCUUCCUCUUGGUAGGGUUGCAGACAAAUGAAAUCUCUCUCUGUUUACAUAAUCCCGCAGAAAAGGAAGGAGAUACGAACGUCUACAUUGUUACCAGUGGCGUAUCCAGCGGGGGGAAGCAGGAAUUUGCCCCCCUAACGGAUAUUUUCACUUUUAUUUUCAUUCUAAUAUUUAUUUUAUCAAAUUUUAAUUUUGAUAUUUAUGUAUCAAGUAUUAGCACCGAAACACUAAGAAAACAACACCAUGAAACAAAAGCUAGGUUUUUGGGACCAUAAGUAAAGGCUUUUGAUAUUGUUUCUCCAUCAUGAUAAAAAGCCCCCCCCCCCAUAUUAACUCCUUGAAGUAAAUUUCGACACUUAAGAAACUACAACAAGGGCUAGGUAUCUGCCCGUACGGUUCUGUGCGGGCCCUGCUGUAAAAAUACAGAUACCGACAACCUACUUGAAAAUUGACGGGUCUUUAAAGUCAUUCAAAAAUAACAUUUUUAUACUAUUAGAAAGAAGAAUAAUAAACAUUCAACUUGCCAAAAGAACAAAAUUGAAAACACUGAGCGUUCCAAAUUUAUGCAUUUAAAAAGAAAACAGUGCUGUUUUUGGAGGUGUUCUUACGGAUUUCCGCUUCCAAGCGGGUGCUUGUCGCUUAAGUUGUGCUAAGAAAUUCAUAUGACAACAAAAGCUGGAUACGCUAUCGAUUGUCACGUGGUAAAAAUGCUGUCUGCACGGCCAAGGGCGCAAAUACUGGACUUCUGGAUUAGUAUCUGGAAUACUGGACUGCUAACUCAAAGAUCUGUUAUCUCAAUAGAGGAACGCUAGUAUUCUAUCGAUGAUUCUACCACUAAAAUGUUUUAGUGUAAUUUAAGUGAUUUAUCAUCCUGUCGUGCUUGUAAGUCUGUACAUGUAUUUUUAAAAUGUGAAGUAUUUUUUCACAAAGUUCAUUUGUUCGAGACUUAUACUCUCCAGUUCGUUUUUAUGAGACCUAUAUUUAGAGGCAUUGAUUCUAUUUUUUGAAAGAAAUAUAGGU